UGCUUAUCUCCCCUCUUACUUGAAUAACAAACGCGGUCCGCUUCUCCUCCUCCUCGUCCUUCUCCUUCCAAUCUUCGAUCGACUUUAUUGCGUCUAGACACAACACUCACAACCAUCAUCAUGGGACAGAUCAAAGACCUCCCCCCGGACCCUCCAGUCCUCACCACAACCACCACCACCUCCUCUUCAUCCUCCAUCCCCUAUCCCCUCCCCCUCCCCGAAGACGACCUGCCCCCCGCAUACCACGAAACCGACCAGACACCAACACCCUACCGCGACGACCCGCUCUCCGCACCCCACGAAGCUUACACCAUCCCCGGCCACCAGCCGUACCACAGCGUCCGCGAGAAGACGCGCCACGCGGGGGUCGUCACGCUGGACCCGGUCCUCGCCACCGACGCCGAGGCGCUGUACCGCCUCGUCGACACGCAGACCCGUCUGCCGCCGCGCCCGUGCCUGGUCAUCAGCGGCCAGCACCACGAGAAGGAGCGCCGCGGCAACGACUCGACCCGCCGCACCGUCUGCGACUUCAACUUCCGCAUCGACCUGACCCGCACCCUCCUCGCCUGGGGCGGCGGCGCCGGCCCGCUCCGGCGCUGGUCCUACACCACCGUCGUCGGCGACCACGAUCACCAGAGAGCGUACCGCGGGGGACGCUGGCCGUCGCGCGGAGCGCGGCACGGGAACAAGACGGGCGGGCGCAUCGCGCUCCCAGAGGAUGGCGAUGGGACCACGGAACUCGGGGAGGGGGACCGGCUGAUGGGGGGGUUGGAGGCCGGGGAUGCGCAGGGGGAGGAUGCCCCGGGACUACGCGGGUGGUGUCGGCGGUUCUGCGACGAUCCAGCCCCAGUGAAGUCAUUCACCUACCGUCGCAACCUCCACGGCUUCGACGCCGCCCCCAUGCGCACGAAGCUCAUCGCCCACAUCCGCUCCACCGGCUACCAGGGCCACGUGCACGUCGCCCCGUCGCUCGCCAACGGCACGAUCACCGUCUACUCGCCGCACUGGAUCAACCGGCUCCGCAACCAUGGGUUCGUGUACUGGGCGUGCAUCAUCCUCCAGCUGUGGAUCGUCACGUGGCCGGUCAUCUGGUGGUUGGAGCGGCGCUACGAGGUGGUGCGGUCGGAGUGGUUCUCGUCCCAGCUGGUCGCCGAUCCGGCUCACCCCGAGGGGCAGCGGAAGGUGUACGCCGGGGACCAGGAUGAGCUGGCGGCGGCGGAGACGUGGGCGCCCGUCGUGCGCGAGGCGGUGUGGCAGGGGCGGAAGGGCGGAGACAUCCUGGCCGAGGAAGAGGUCGAGCGGCUGCGGCGGCUCGGCAUCCAGCGCAGAGACGCCGUCGGCCAGGGCGGCGACUUGAUCCGUCGCGGCCAGGCGGUGCUGGGGCUGAUGGGCAUCCGCAAUAUCGGCGGGGUUAAUGUGACGGGGGCGUGGGGGGCGGAUCGGUGUUGA